AUGAGAAUCUCGGAGGCGCCCACCAGGGCUCGCACUUUUGUGCGCACCAAGGCCACCUCGGCACGCCAUGCCUUCACCAGCGGUGCUGCCUUCAGGGCCUGGAUCGAGGCGCCGUCGUCGACCCUCGACCUCCAUGGGAGACAAGUGCACUCGGAAUCCGACUCGCGGUGGUCCAACGAGGACCUUGACCCGACGCCCCCCGCCAAGCGCACUUGGAGGUGGCAGAACUUUGUUUCCUUCUACUGGGCUCUGUCCUUCGGCAACUGGACAUUGGGCUCUACCAUGGUCGGCCUGGGCCUGAAUUGGUGGGAGGCCAUCAUCGUCAUCUUCGUCUCUCAGCUCAUCUCCUCGGUCGCCAUGUUCUUCAACAGUCGCUGCGCCUCUGCAUACCACAUCGGCUAUCCCGUCGUCGCCCGAAGCGUCUUCGGCAUGUGGGGAUCCUUCUACGUUGUCGCGGCACGCGCGUGCCUGGCCAUCAUCUGGUACGGCGUUCAGCUGUACUCAGGCUCAAGCUUCGUCGCCGUCAUGCUGCGCUGUGUCUUUGGCCAUCUCUACGACGACAUCCCGAACAAUAUCCCGGCCUCCAUGGGCAUCACCACUGCAGGAAUGCUCUCGUUCUUCCUGUUCUGGUGUGUGCACUUCCCCUUCUGUGCCCUGCGUCCCUACCAGCUGAGGUGGUUCUUCUGGCUCAAGACUGCCCUCAUGAUUCCCUCCAUCCUCGGCCUCUUCAUCUUCUGUCUGGUCGACACAAAGGGAGGCGUGGGGAGCGUCUACAGCGGAACCUUGUCGGGAAACAAGGCCUGGUAUAUCCUGAAUGCCAUCAACGCCGGGAUGGGCAAUACCGCUACACUCAUCACAAACCAGCCCGAUAUUGCCCGCUGGAGCAAGACGAAAACCGGCGCCAUGUGGUCGCAGCUCUUCACGAAUCCUAUCGCCGUGACCCUCUCCGCAUCCCUUGGCAUCCUGGCGACUGCUGCUCUCAACAACACGUGGGGUACUGAGCUGUGGAACCCGUGGGACCUGCUGGACGCCAUCCUGGACCGCUACUGGACGGGUGGCGCGAGGACUCUCGUCUUCCUCUGCGCCUUCUGCUGGAUGUUUUCAAUCCUCGGCACCAAUAUUGCCGCCAACAUGAUCCCCUUCGGCUCCGACCUGACCCUUCUUUUCCCCAGGUACUUCACAAUUCCUCGUGGCCAGUUCAUUGUCGAGUUCCUGGCCUUUGCAAUCUGCCCUUGGAAGAUUCUCGCCUCCGCCAGCGUCUUCGAGACCUUCCUCUCUGGCUAUGGCCUCUUCAUGGCCAGCGUCGUCGCUGUCAUGGUCGCCGACUACUGGGUCUUGACCAAGGGCAACGUCUUUAUCUCAUGGCUCUAUGACCCGACCCGCGCCAACAAGCACUACUACUACAACAAGGGCUGGAACGUGCAGGCCUACAUCGCCUACAUCUGCGGCGUGGCCCUGCCCUUCCCGGGUUUUUGCGGCACGCUCGGCGCCAACGUUUCUGCCUCGGCCACGCACCUGAGUGAUAUCGGCUGGAUCCUCUCUUUCACCGUUACCUUUGUCGUGUACGUCGUUCUGUGCAAGUUCUGGCCCACGCACAACCAGAAGCUCAUCAAGGAGAUGGGCUACAACUGGGAGUAUGCCGUCAGCGACGAGUUUGUCGCCCCCGACGGCACGGUCAUUGUAGAGCGUGACAAUGUGGUCUACGGAGAGGAGGCGUCCGAUAACGUGCCCACGACGGUGGACUACAAAUACUGA